UUGAAAAAGGAUGCAAAAUGCUUUUAUUUUGCCCAACUUGUUCGAAUGUUUUGACUGUAGAGGAAGGAACUGGGCCAUCCUCGUAUAGGUUUGCUUGUCAAACGUGUCCUUAUGUUUACAACAUCACAAAAAAGAUAUCAAGUAAAAAAUAUCCAAAAUUGAAAGAGGUUGAUGAUGUAUUAGGUGGAAAGGAAGCCUGGGAAAAUGUGGACUCAACAGAAGAGCGCUGCCCCAAGUGUGAACAUGACAGAGCCUACUUCAUGCAGAUUCAGACUCGGUCAGCAGAUGAACCCAUGACCACAUUCUACAAAUGUUGCAAAUGUGGUCAUCGCUGGAGGGAAUAACACUGGAUAUAAUUUUCAGAAGAAAAACUAUUUUCCAAGUCUGAUUAAAUCAAUAAGGAAAAACCAUUCCACUCCCAGGGGUGACUGCAGUGUGCUCUCAGAAAAAAAAAGAAUUUAGCAAGAAAGUGAGCUGACAUAAAAUUGAUAGUAUUUUGCUGAC